GUUUGAUUGCGUUUCGUUCGCGCUUUGGAGGCGAAGUCUUGUUCUCCUUCCUCAAAAGGAGUGGAGCUACAUGCUCUUUUUCCAAGAAAUCCUGACGAACGUCGCUGGCAGCUGAGUGGGUGCGCGAGCUGCAUGUCGCACUGCGCGCCGGACGCGCGAGGCUUUCAGAACGCGGCGUCGGGCCUUUUUCGCGUCGUUUCUGCUCCUCUUCCCCGUUUUUCAAUACGUAAAUCUCCGCGUCUUGCCGCCAAUUCUCCGUGCUUCGCGCGCCCUCUUCCCGCCCGCGCUUCUCUCGCAGCGAGAGAUGCGACAGUUGACCGGAACGCGAGGAUGCGAGGACGGGAGAGAAACAGCAGAGAACGCGCGAGGCUUCUUUCGCCGUCCACGGCCUUCGGAGUUCUUUUCCGGUCUCCGCACCGUCACUUUUUCAGGUGUAUGUACACGUGAACGGGACAUGCAGUCGACGACUCUUCGCGGCGUUCGCGUCGUGUCGUCAAAGCUCCCCGUUUCGCCGUGAAGUGACUGGCUUCUCUGCCGUUUCCUCCCAGGUUCCCGGAGUUCGGACUUUGCGUCUUCCACGCGGUAAGCCUUUUCAACUCUCCGCCUCGUCGCUGCCAGGCAGGGGCGCCAAGAGCUCCGCGCGUUGCUCGGCUCCUGACACAGCUCGCCGAGGCCUUGGGGGUGGCGCCGGUCGGCUGAAGCGCCCUCGAGACUUUGCAGUGUUCACUCCUUUCGCCUUUCUUCUCUCAGCCUCCCUGUGUCUGUUCCGUCGGCGCGGAACCUGGCCGCCGAGCUGAGGCAGCGAGACUUCUUCCGAGUCGACCGCUCUCUCUUCUUCAGGAGUCUCUUUUGCCAAUCCUUCCUUCUUCCCCGACUCUUCCCGCGCUUCUCUCCCCUCUUUCUCUCCUAUCUUUCUCUCCUCUCUUUCUCUCUUCUCUUUCUUCUCUUUUCUGCUUCUUCGCGCCCGUUGGAAGCUCCCUUUCUGCCGACUGUUGUUCGUGCGUCGCCUCUUUGCUGCCCCUCUUCCUGUCUCUUCUCCCUCAUCUUCGCGUCCUUCCUCCGCGAGAUGGGUGCAUGCAAGAGCAAGGCAGCGAAGCCGACUCGCGAUGAGGCGGAGGCUUUGCGCGGGGGGAGAGGAGCGGAGCCCCAGGAACUCUCCGCCUCCCCGCAGAAGAGCGACGCGCCUGUCGACAGCGAGACGCCGCCAACUGGCGAGGCAAAACAACUCCCUCUGAAGGCUGCAAAGGCGACACAGCGCGACAGUUGCUGCUCGACCUCCUUCUCCUCUUCCUCGGGGGCACCGACUGCGGACGGCGAGACUGGUGAACGAGGGAAGGCAGGACCUGUGGACGCGCCAGGUUCGCCAGGUGUCGAGACAGUCGGCGACCUCCGCCGACGGCGCCUGACGGUCUUGAGAGCCCCAGAGGAGAAGACGGAGGAAGCCGAUUCGGCCGCAGGUCCGCAGCACGCGUCGCUCGCCGACCGCUUCAAACGCCCUGUGGAAGUCGCCGCGCGUCUCGCGGCCUCGCGGUCGACCAUCAGCCAGCGCGUGGACGCCAUCCCCGGUGCCGGCGGUGCGCGUACACCUGGGCAGUCAGUGAACGGCGCAGGACUCGUGGAGCGACGCGAGGAGGCCGUCUCUCUCUCGACGCUUGUGCGCCAAGGAUCUUUCUCCCGGAGUCUCCACUCGUCGCCUCCAGCCUCCGUCGACGGCCGGCUCUCCCUCCGAGAAGACGAGGAAAGGGGAGAGCGAGUCGACCGAGGCGAGGGCGCAGAGAAAGGCGAGAGGAAGGGGCGAGGUUCGGAGACAGAGAACGAGGCCGAGUUGAUUCAGCAGAUUCGUCGCGAGAAGUCGCUGCCGGUGGCUGUCGAGGAAGACGACCCAAUCGCUGCGAAGGCUCUCAGCUUCAGCCGCGAGCAGCCGCCGUCUGUAGUGACACCCAGUGAGGCGGACGAUGCGAGCCUCUUGAGUGGGCUGGGAGCGACGACGCGUUCAGACGCGGAGGCGAGAAAACUGCUCGUGCCUUGCGCCAGAGGCUCGUUGCCUGUCUCGCGAGACACCCUAUGGAAACACCCGGAAGUCCUCACCGCCAGUCUCUUCCUCGACCUCUUCACGCCCCCGCAGGCCGCGCCCUCGUGCUGCUUCCUCGGCGCAGCCGCCCACUGCCGUCAAGAAAGCUUCGACGACAAAGUCGAAGACCGUGCGGUUCGCCCGCCGGGAUCGAGCGUGGAGAACGUGAUGAGAUCUCUGGGGUUCGGCUUCGCAUGCAAGAAGGGACUGAAGCCAGACAGUCCGAACCAAGACGACUUCGCGGCUCUCUGCUGCAGCGCCUUCCGCCUCUUCGGCGUCUUCGAUGGGCAUGGGCCGAGCGGGCAUGACGUGAGUGGCUACGUCCACCGCAUGCUCUUCGCGCUGCUGCUCACGGACGAGAGCUUGAACCGGAAUCCGCAGCUGGCCCUCCGGAACGCGUUCGUUGCCACUCACCAAAGUGUACUGGCGUACGCAGCGCAUACGGAGCGCUUCGACUGUUCGCUGAGUGGGUCGACUGCCUCGGUGGUGUUGCAGACGCAGAGGAGGCUCUUCGUCGCACAUGUUGGAGACUCGCGAGCGGUUCUAGCGAGGCAGCGAAGAGACGGAGUUGUUGCAGAGACACUCACCGUCGACCACAAACCCACGAUUCCGGCGGAGCGCGCAAGAAUCGAGGCCGCAGGCGGCGAACUGAAACGCCUCGAGUGCGACAUUCCCUACCGCGUUUUUCUCAAAGGUCGUCUGUACCCUGGCUUGGCGAUGAGUCGCGCGCUCGGCGACGCCAUCGCCAGUCACGCGGGAGUCAGCUGCGAGCCAGACCUCUCCACUGUGGAACUUGACCGCAGCUGUCUCUUCGUCAUCAUCGCCAGCGACGGCGUCUGGGAGUUCAUCAGCAAUCAGGAAGCAGUGAAUAUUGUGAAUGAAGCAAUGGGGUCCGAGCGAAAGGUGCGCGCGAAGGCGGCGGCGGAGCGUCUCGCCCUGGAGGCCUUCAAGCGCUGGGUCGAGGAAGAGGGGAAUGUGGUGGACGAUAUCACCUGUCAAAUCAUUUGCCUCCGUUGAGACCGCGCCUCGAGUUGCCCACCUAUAAGCCGACUCCGCCCGGACCGCGAAUGUGGUUCCUCUUCCACGCCUCCCCGAGGCUUUUCUGGAGCAGGAGUUUCUCUGCGUCGCGUUCGUUGGGUUCCGCGUUCGUCGCGUACCUCUGUCUGGGGCUCCAACGUUUCGCAGCAGCUCUAAAAGCGAGGAACAGAUCCCCUUGCCUCUUUGCGAAUGUGGCAACCGAGAAAACCAAGUCCGUCUCAUGCAACAGCUCACGGCGACGCGCGGCGUGGUGUCGAAAGUGUUUCGCUUCGCUCGUCUACGCCUGUCUCUGCUUCCGGGGGCGCGGAUAGGCGACGGGGGAUUGAAAGAGACGGACCAGGACGUCGCCAGCGUUGCGGUCUGUGUCGAUUCCAAUUUUCGUUGUCGAACCGUCUCGACUUUCACUCGCAGCUGGAGUCCAUGGACCCGGAUGGAGAGCGCGCCGAGGAGUUCCUCGGCUAGACGGUGCGCACGUUACCAUUAUAGGUCCCGCCUCCUGCCUGGUUCAUUUUGUCAGACAGGAAGGCACUUUGACUAGCAGGAAGAUGUUCUUCGUACCAUGCCGUUCUGUUUUUGCGCGGCCUUCAGUCUCUCUGCAUACACUCUCACCUGAGAAGAGUCCAUUGAAGAGGGCGGGCAUCCACGCGGCGCUCGCUAAAGUGGAUAUUUCGUGGGCGCCUUGGUGUAUGUACACCUGGCCCGCGCAAGAAGCGUUUUUUCGUAGCAAGCUCUGAGGGAUGCGUACGAAAUGCAGCGAUACAUCUUCAGUUUUAUCAGGUUACCGUACCAGUUCGUUACCAAAGAAACAAGAGGCCAGAGCGCCGCUCCCGGACGGACUGGGGAAACCCGCAGGCACCGGCGUUCUGGUGCAAUUGCCUGGAGCGCCUCCCGUAACAGUGCCGAGGAGAAACUUUGUGGCCGUCGAUCCCACACUUUUGUGGGUUUCCACGGGUAUAUGAAGGCCUGUCGGGGUAUAUAUUUGUCUGUGUACCUACUGGAACUGCCGCAGUCGGUGUGCCCUCAAAACAAGUUGAGAUGUGUCGUGUCUGAAAUUCAGAGCGGCACUUUGCCACCGCAUCACAGGAGAGCUGGUUGAAACUGCGGGCGGGAACCGGUGUGAUUUUGCCUACACUUAAGUUUUCGUGUCGUUCUGAAGAAAACUCGUCCGUGGUCGAUCGAGCUGUCGACCAGAAGAAGAGGGGAGAUUUUGCGUCAGCGGUCGUACAUCCGUGGCGCGUUGCUUCAGGGUGGAAAUCCGUUUCCGGUACAAAAGCGACAGAGAGCUGCCAAAGCGUGCUCGGUUGUUUCAUGUUGGGUGGGGAGGAAACGAAGCAGUCGUGUAGGCGCGACAGUUUAUAUUGCGAUGUGCGACGAAGGAAAGGGCGUCGCUCGCAUGAAAACAAGAAACGCGUGCUGUGGAGAGGAGGAAGCAAAAAUUCCACGCGUGGAUGGCGCUCUCGUAUGUGAGGGGAGCUCGGUAUUUGUACAUUUCUCCUUGUACCGAAAACAGUGGAAAACCACUUUUUGAGACACCAAAACCUCGACGGAUGGAGGCACACGAUGCGUGUGUAUCACCACGCGAAAACCUCAAAAACUGUACGUUUCUGUUUCUCAAACCGGUUUCCGGCCG